AUGUCCGUCGUAUCACCUUCACGUCUCGUAAAAUUGACCAAACUGCGAUGUAAUAUCUUCCAAACGGUCUACAACCCCACCGGAAUUCGGACUGGUGCUAAAUACAUCCGUGCUCGUCUACGUGGACCCGCUAUGAUGAGUUACUAUCCCCCGACUUUAAAUAUUUCGCGGGUAGCGAGGAUGUAUCCGGAAUUGGAGCUUGUGGAUGAGGAUGAGGAGCAGCGGUUACAGGAUAUUGAAGAUAGGAAGAAGCGUGGAAAGGGUGCACCCAAGAAGGCCAAAACAAAAGAGGACGGCAGGAGAAACCAACGGCGAAAAUGA